UCUCACUGAGAUGUACACACGAUUUUGUAAAUAAAUUUAUCAGAAGUUGUUUUGUUAUCACGCAAAGUAACAACGAUGAUCGCGCCUACCAGUGGUGGCUGUGCUUGAUAACCGCAAAGUUCGCCGUUUAGCAAGUGCGCGAAUCGGUUCUGUUUCUUGUGAGAAGGGCCUUCGUCGUGUACAUCACAUCUUGCGCCAGAGCAGCAAAGGGCAGCAUGUCCCUCCGGAGCGGCGGGCAUGUACGAUGGGCCUUCGAUCUCGCAAGCUGGCACCCGACCGCGGCCGAUCUACUGCUCGCCACGUCCUGCAUUCAGCCCGAGGAGAAGCUCCGACUGUCACGGUUCGUGUUCCGGGAUGACUUCAAUGCGUCCCUCAUCGGACGACUGAUGAUGCGCCGAUUCGUCCAGCUGGCCACCAACAUGGCGUACGACGAGAUCGCGUUUGCUCGCGACUCGAAGGGCAAACCGUUCCUGAAAAACGCCGACGAUAUGACGGUGGAUUUUAACGUCUCGCACCAGGGCCGAUAUGCGGUGCUGGCUGGGCUGGCCACCGGUGCUGGCAGCGACCCUGGUGGCAGUGUACCGAAAAUCGGUGUCGACGUGAUGAAGAUCGAGCACGGCGGAGGGAAACCACUGGAGGAGUUUUUUCGCCUGAUGACCCGGAACUUCUCCGACGACGAGUGGCAGUACAUCCGCGGCAGACCGGACGACCCGGCUCGGCUGGAAGCGUUCAUGCGCAACUGGUGCCUAAAGGAGAGCUACGUGAAGAACGUGGGCGUUGGCAUUACGGUUGAUCUGCGAAAGAUCAACUUCCGCAUUUGCAGCGACACACUGUCACGGGACCGCACCGUUUGCGACACGACACUGCGGGUCAACGGUGAACCGAUGGUUGGCUGGCGGUUUGAAGAAUCACUGAUCGAUCGCGAUCACUGCGUUGCGGUGUCGCUCGAAAAUGCUGGCCCGCUGACGGCGGAGGACACGCUGCGCGAGAACUGCUUCGAACUGAUCGAUUUUAAUACACUCGUCGAAGGCCACCGGCCACUGUUGGCGAUCGAUGAGAACUACUGCGACGGUAUUAUUAGCAAAGAGUAUAAGAACCUGAAAUGAACGGACCCGGAGGAAGCUUUUAAAGACACAGAUAUUUUAAAAUGGUGAAGGAUGCGAGGCGCAAAGGGUGAUAAAAUUGCAAAAUGCGCACACGAUGCACACACACUACAGGCGUUGUACUAACCAUUUUUGGCCCUCUAUAUACGAUAGAUUUAUAAUGUUGUUAUUUUCAUUUUUUGGUGGUAA